AUGACUCACAUUGAAUUUGGUGAACAGACACACCGUGAACAUUAUCUACUCGAUCCAAAUCUAGUUUAUGUCAAUCAUGGCAGUUAUGGACCAUGUCCUCGUAUCGUUUACGAAGAAUUGCAACGUUUACGUUUGGAACAAGAACGAAAUCCUGACCUAUGGUUUCGUUUGUCGAAAUAUACGUAUUAUGUUGACAGUGUACGUGCUGCAGCGCGUCGACUCGAUUGUGAUUUCGAGCAGAUCGCUAUUGUUGACAAUGCCACCGUCGGUGCUAAUGCUAUUAUCAAAUCGUUACCAUUAAUAAAACCAUUGCCAGGUGGUACAAUUCUUUGUACGAAUUUAAACUAUGGUUCAGUUCUUUUUACAAUUGACGAGGUUGCUCGUCAGUAUAAUUGGAAAAUAAGAACCGUGAAAAUUAAGCUACCUAUUAAAACUAAAGAAGAGUUUAUUAAACAAUUUCAAGACGAAUUAAACAAAGGUGACGUGGAAAACAUUCGUCUCGCUGUCAUCGACCAUAUUACUAGCUCGACAGGAAUGCUUUUUCCUAUCGAUGAGUUGACUGACCUGUUACAUUCCUAUGAUAUUCCAGUAUUGGUUGACGGGGCACACGGACCUGGUCAGGUCGCUCCAGAUCUAUCAUUACGCAAACUCAAAUGUGAUUACUAUAUCGGCACGUUUCACAAAUGGAUGUAUGCAGCUCGAGGUUGUUCAUUUCUCUUUGUUCGAGAUAUUACCGUUGCAAAUCAACUUCAACCAGCUAACACAUCAUGGGGUUAUCGACCAUCGACUUUGGAAUUAAGUCUGAUGACACUUUUUCAUCUGCGAUUCUUUCACCAAGGUACACGGGAUGAUAGUGCACACUUAACUUUACCCAAAGCAAUCGAAUUUGCUGAUCAAUACGCCGGAGGAUUCGAUCGUAUUCAUCAAUACAAUUCAACUAUAAGUCAACAAGCCAAAGAACUUCUCGAGCAACGAUGGAAUACACAAGGAAAUGAUCUUUUUCCGAGUGAUAUGCAUGCACCGUACUUGAAAAUGGUUAAAUUGCCUGAUUUAGCGGAUUAUCAGAAGACGAAUGAAGAUGCUCUUCGUCUCAUUCACGAUUUGAUUCAAAAACAUAAACUCAUUUCUAUCAUUUUAUGGGCUAAUAACGAACUUUAUGUUCGUAUUGCAACCCAAAUUUAUAAUCGAAUCGAAGAUUAUAUUUUUCUCGCGGAUACGAUUGAUAAACUUCGAAAAUAA